UGCGCAACCUCGCGCUGACGCGCACGUCGGACGAGCUGAGUUGGAGGAUCAUGGCGGAGCGCAGGAGGCAGAAGAAACGGAUCCAGGUGGUGAGCGAGCCCACAAAGGAGGAGAAGGCGGUGGCCAAGUACCUCCGAUUCAACUGCCCCACCAAGUCCACGAACAUGAUGGGCCACCGAGUCGACUACUUUAUUGCCUCCAAGGCGGUGGACUGUCUGCUGGACUCUAAGUGGGCCAAGGCUAAGAAGGGAGAGGAGGCACUGUUCACCACCAGGGAGUCUGUGUUGGAUUACUGCAACAGGCUCCUAAAGAAGCAGUUCUUCCACCGGGCUCUCAAAGUGAUGAAGAAAAAGCCUGAGAAAGACACCAAAAAAGAGAAGGAGAAAGAGAAGGAGGAGAAGAAAGAGAAAGAGAAGGCCAAGGGUGACAGCAGCAAAGAGGAGGAGAAAAAAGGGAAGAAGGAGAAAGAGAAGAAGAAAGAGUCUGAGGCUGCUGAAACCAAGAAAGAGAAGAGCGAUGACAGUCCUGGAACCCCCAAGAAGAAGAAAGAGGUGAAGAAGAAGUUUAAACUGGAGCCUCAUGAGGAUCAGCUGUUCCUCGAUGGAAACGAGGUGUAUGUGUGGAUUUACGACCCUGUUCAUUUCAAGACAUUCGCCAUGGGGCUGAUACUCGUCAUUGCAGUGAUAGCAGCCACACUGUUCCCGCUGUGGCCAGCAGAAAUGCGUGUAGGAGUUUACUAUCUAAGUGUUGCAGCAGGCUGCUUUGUGGCCAGUAUAUUGCUUCUUGCUGUUGCACGCUGCAUCCUCUUCCUGAUCAUCUGGCUGGUGACUGGCGGGCGCCACCACUUCUGGUUCCUCCCCAACCUGACAGCAGACGUCGGUUUCAUCGACUCGUUCAGGCCGCUCUACACCCACGAGUACAAAGGGCCUCGAGCCAGCAACAAGAAGGGCUCGGACAAGACAGACGAGAAGGACAGCGGCUCCUCCGCCAAGGCCCAGAAGUCCGACAGCGAUGAGAAGUCCGACAGCGAGAAGAAGGACGGCGAUGACGAGGAGGAGGAGGAAGAGGACGAGAGCAAAGAGGCGGCGGCGGCGGAGGAGGGUAAAGACGCAGAGGGGGAGGGAACAGACCGCCACUCAGACACAGAUAGCGACCGCCGGGAGGACGAAGGCUCGCAGCACAGCAACGGAAACGACUUUGAGAUGAUCACCAGGGAGGAGCUGGAGCAGCACACGGAGGAGGAGGAGGAGGAGGAAGAAGACGAGGAGACGCAAGAGAGGAAAGAAGGGUUUGGGAGUGACACUAAACCCCAGACUGCUGAAACAUAAACUCUUUACAAUCCCAUCACUCUCUACUUCUCUCUCUCUGUCCUUCCCUCCCUCCUGUGAUCCCAGGACCUGCUAGUCCGGCCUCUCUGAGCCUGCUGAGGCCGAGGAGAGGCUCCAUCUAUUGUUGUUGAGAUCUUCCACUAAAACAGUACCGACAGACCAGUACCGGGAUAAACACAGCGGUGAAAAGUAAACGGCUACGACAAUGAGGAAAACAAAUUUUAAAAAUGAAAAACAAGCCUUAUGGUGGAUCUGAUUCCACCCACCCACGUUAUUUAUGUUCAAAUGAAGCCCUGCCUGAGGAAGUUGUCGACAAAAAUCCAUCAGACCAACAACAGCCCUGACGGAGGGUUUUUUUUUUUUUUUUGGUUUCUCGUGUCAUGAAGUCACUUUUUGUCUCAUUUCAACUGAAAACGUUUUAUUUAUGUUCCGUCAUUGGUUACAUUUGGAUGUGCUGUAUACGAGGUCAGAUCCUGAUCUUACAUACAGAUGUUGGAGAAGAGCUACCAUGCUAAACUGACCAGUGAGCGAAGACGAGCUGGACUUUUUUUUUGUUACAUUGUCGUCUUUGAGCUCCAUGUUGUUGGUACAAUCACGGCAGUUCUGGGGAGAGCCAGAAAGCCCCGGUUCUUUCACCUGUUGUUGGUGUUUUGGUGAGACAACUAUGGCAGGAGCAUGCUUCACAUCCUGCCAGUGAGGCAGCCUUUAAAGCAAAGUGACCAGCAGGUCUGCUUUAAACCUGAAUUAAUCCAGAUGGACCAAAUCCUGUAGUUUACUCAAAGGCACCUAAAAAUUGACCAUAUUGUGGCUGGAUGGAGUUUUUGGAGGACAGAGUUAGUACGGCUCUUUGAGGUACUUGCCAUUUUCAGUAAUUUUUUUUUUUUUUUUUUUUACACAGUCUGAAGUACUUCUACUUCAUGUUUAAUGUGGGACUCAUCUUUAAGAGUAAAUGUGAGCAACUGGGACACAGCUGGCAUACUUAAUUUUCUUUUUUAAAAAAAGAUUGCAGCAUUUGUUGUACAACUAAACCUAGAAGAUGUUCACUGAUUAACUGUCUAUUUGCAAACAGAACCAGAUAUAAAGUAAAGCAAACUCUAGUGCCAAACACAACUAAUAAUGUUGUUAUGCAUGCUGAUUUAAUACGGAGAGCUGAGUGGGAGAGCGAGGGGUGCAUUUUGUUUAUUUUGUAACUGCAGUGUCAAACUCCUCAAACCUUUCACAUCUUUGGAAAAAACAAACAAAUGGAAAAAAAAAAGCACAGCACAAUGUUGUUAGUGUGUAGCUAAACAAGGAUUUUUGGUCUCAAUGAAACCGUUUAAAAGGCGUUCGCACUAGACUCCCAUCCAAACCAGUCCUGUGUAGCCUCGCACAAGCCGUCAUGUGUGAAAACAGCAGGCGCGCCUCAUGAAUCCAGCUCCACUGACCAGACUACACUUUCAUUUCCAGUCCAAGCCCAGUAACUGGCGGCCGAGGUCCAAGCUGUUCCUUCACAUCUUCUGGCUAGAAAUGUCUUAGAAGCUCUUUAUAGUCAUAGCAAGGAUUAUAUUUAAGUAUAAAAAUAGAAAUGUAUCAUUUAUAAAUGGAUUCUAUUGAUAUAUCAAAUAUAUACUUACAGUCUAAAAUUAUAAAACAGCUGUUUCUUACUCCCUUCUUUUCCUUUGUAUUAGGAGGUAUAAUUUUUUGUAAUGCUCAUUUUUGUGUUUAUAUGAACAUCAAGAGUGUACUCAUUAUUUAAAGGUAAUACUGGGAUUAGAAAACAGUGGGAAUUUAUUAGAUAUCAGCAUUUUUCUGUAUUUUAUUUUUACAUUUGCCAUCGUAACAUUGGAUGUGUGUCCGCUGCCUCGUCUGUGUUCCUCUCACUAAUACUGGUCAGUCAUUAACCCGAGCUUAUAAAACCAGUGGCUUGUGUAACAUGGACAGCAACCUACUGGUUCCCACUUCAUCUGACGUGGCAAAAAGUCCGCUCACAGAGGAACAAUCUUUGAGUGCAUUUCACCCAGCGUCCUGUACAGUCGUCCAUUUGUUUUGUCUCAAAAUGAACUCCCCUAGACUGUUCAGUAGUUUGUUCUCCUGUAAUCCCACUGAGGUUUGUAGCUCUUUUCACUCGCAAACCAACAUGUUGUUGCUCUUGUUUCUUUUCUAACAUCUUUGUGUUUUUUUUUCUUCCCCAAACGGGCAAAGUGCAUCUCUGUGUCCUGAGUUGCCAGUCGCUGUACUCUCAAUAUUGGCGUAACUAUUUUACAAACGAGAGAAAAAAAUAUUAUCCUCCCGGUUGUUCUUGACUGUUGCACAGUAUCGGUCUGUUGUAUAUUGUAGUAUUAUUACACUCUAUGCUGCUGCUUCUCAUCGCACAUUUCUGGGGGAAAUAAGUGAAAUUGUAAAACAUCCAUGUUUUAUCUCUGGGUAAAAACAGUGUCUUUUGAUCGCCUAGUUGUCCACAUUUGGAUCAAUGUCAUUCUGAAGACUGUCUCAUGCAAUAUUGGAGUAUAAUUUAAUAAAACUGGAUGUCUGGAAAUAUAUCUGUAUCUUAUCAUUGCAAUAAAAAUAUAGAAAGCACACAAGUAUUUUUCCUG